AUGCGCCCCGCCACGGCUCUGCUGGCUCUUGCAGCUCUAAUCGUCCUGGCGCUGCCUGUGCCUGCAGUCGAGGUCACCACGGUGCUGCUCCCGCCAACGCCGAUCCUUGGCCUGGGCGUCAGCACCCUCUCCCUGCAGCCUGGCGGAGAGUACUUGGUGGCAACCGACAUGGCCGGCCAGGUGUACGGCGUGGACAUGACCGGCCCGAGCCCGGCUUUGGCCGCCACGGGCAUCCUUAGCUUUGACGUCCCCUUCUGGUCGCUCAAACCCUUCUACUCGCUGCCGUCUCCACCUGGCUCACGCCCUGGCCCGGGCCCAGUCGUCGGUCAUUGGGGUGUUGCCAUCGACCGCGUCAACGCCACUCAUGGCAUUGUCGUCACGGGCAUGGUGUUCAACGCCUCGGACGUUAUUCCGCCGAGUAUGGGUGGUGGGUACGUGCUCGACGCCGCCCGUCACACUCUGUACCUCACCGGAGAUGCCUCCGUUGUGGCCGUCGACGUGCGGACCUGGCAAGCCGGGCGGACGUUCGAACUGCCUUACUCGCACACUGAGGUCGAGCCGCUCUCAGGCAUUCUGUUCUCUGAUGAUUUGGCGCUCUUUAGCGCCUCGUCCGAUCGCGAUGUCGGCGCCCACAACGGGUUCGCCCUCGCCCUCGCCCUCCCGCCGGCCCCAAAUGAGCAGCUCUCGGUGGUGCCGCUCGACACCGGCGCCGGCUGGCCGUUCCAUAUUGCGCGGACCAAGGACAACACGCCGCUCUUCAUCUCAACCAAUGGCACGUCCAUCGUCCCGGUCCUCGACCACCACCGGACCCCUUUCGUCAAGUCCGGCCCGUUUGUCCACAUCCCCAAGAACCAGGGCGAGCUCUCGGAGCUCGCCUGCGACGUCGCACCCGGAUGGGUUGUCACCCUCGCCAGCAACGUUUGGGUCUCCAUCACUUCGUCCGACGCUAGCUCGCCGCCAGAGUUCUCGGUCCUCUCACCUGACGUCCACAAGUACGAUAGCAAGGCCAUGCACUCGUGUACCGUCAUCCGGGACGAGUCCGGCAUCGCCACCCACAUCGUGGUCGGCGGCGUGCUCCUCGGCUCAACCGGCCACAACGGCAAUGCCAUCCAAAUCGUCAAAUUCUAA